AGUAGAAUACAACCAUGAAGCGAUCCAACUGGACCCACGUUUCGUCUGAAUGAUGCGAUAAACGGGAGCGGCGGUACUGCAGGCUGACAGCGACCCCGUCCACCCGGAAUGUUCUCCGUGCACGCCGUCAGUCUGUGUGGAUUCCAGGGUUGUGUGCGGCGUGUUUCAGUCCUGACUUGGAUGUGAGACGUGGGAACAUCUCGACGUGGUUCUAGCCGUACAUGUCAUCCGUCACCCAGUCGGAAAACUUCCCCGCUAAACCGGACGACCGGAGAAUGGGAAUCCACCGGAGCUAGUUCCUGAAGAGACGGGUUCAGAAGAGCAGCCAGGUUCGUGCGGGGAUACGGUUUCCUGUUGUCGCCCGUCCGCCCGCGUCCAUUCCUCGGUCAAAUCAUCUUCAGUCCUGGUGAAAAUGCAGACCUUCCUCAAAGGCCGGAGAGUCGGGUACUGGCUCAGCGAGAAGAAGAUGAAAAAGCUGAAUUUCCAGGCCUUCGCCGAUUUGUGCAGGAAAAGAGGAAUUGAAGUUGUUCAGCUGGACCUCAACCUCCCCUUGGAGGAGCAGGGACCCCUGGACGUGAUCAUCCACAAGCUGACAGAUCUCAUCCUGGAGGCCGACCAGAACGACUCGCAGGCCGUGCUCCAGGUGCAGAGAGUGCAGGACUACAUGGAGGCCCACCCCGAGACCAUCAUCCUGGACCCCCUCCCUGCCAUCCGGACCCUCCUGGACCGCUGCAAGUCCUACCAGCUCAUACACAAGAUAGAGGACUGUAUGCAAGACGAGAGGCUCUGCUCUCCCCCCUUCAUGGUUCUGAACCAGGAGUGCGGCCCGGACACGCUGGAGCAGAUCGGGAAACACGGCAUCACGUUCCCCUUCAUUUGCAAAACACGGGUGGCCCAUGGAACCAACUCUCAUGAGAUGGCCAUCAUCUUCAGCGAGGAGGACCUUAUAAACGUGCGGCCGCCCUGCGUGAUCCAGAGCUUCAUCAACCACAACGCCGUGCUCUACAAGGUGUUUGUGGUGGGCGACGCCUACACGGUGGUGGAGCGCCCCUCCCUGAAGAACUUCCCCUUCGGACCCGCAGCACCUGGGCUCAGCAGCACAGAACCAAGCCAUGUCGGACCAGAGCCCACCUCAGACCGGAGAGCCAUCUUCUUCAACAGUCACAACGUGUCCAAGCCUGAGUCGUCCUCCGCCCUCACCUCGAGGGACAACGUGGAGGGGCUGUCCCAGCCGCCCUGUGACCACGUAAUCCGGGAGCUCUCCCGCUCCCUGCGGCGGUCGCUGGCCGCGUCGCUGUUCGGCAUCGACGUCAUCAUCAACAACCAGACGGGGCAGCACGCCGUCAUCGACAUCAACGCCUUCCCCGGUUACGAGGGCGUGCCGGAGUUCUUCAACGACCUGCUGAACCACAUCACCGGCCUGCUGCAGGCGCCCAGCGCCGACAGCCCCCCGGCCACGCCCGCCGCCGCCAGCGAGCCGCCCAAGGGGCCGACCGCCCUCGCCGCCCCCCCGAGCCCGGAGCCCCCCGCUGGCGGCUGCGGCCCCCCGGGCAAGGAGGCCGGGGGGGGGAGCCCCUGGAUCGUGGAGGGGGACGCGGCGCUGAAGGGGGCCCGCCAGAGACUGGGCUGCAACUCGGCCGUGUCGCCCAACUUCCAGCAGCACUGCGUCUCAACCAUGGCCACCAAGGCCUCCUCGCAGUGACCUCCGACCUCCGACCUCCAGCCCCCACCCCCGCCCCGCGGGCCCCCCCCUCCCCGAGGCACACCAUCCACCCUGACCAGAUGGGAUAACAACGCUUGACUCUAAUAAUAAGUGAUUGGUCAUAAUAGUUAUAAUAUAUCUGUAAUCAAACAAACAAAACUUUUUCCGAUUCGAUGGUGAUUAGGUGACGGCUUUCUUUCUCUCUCGCUCUGCCUUUUUGUAUGUUUGAUUUGGUCGCAGAAGACCUGACAAUGUGAUGUGAACCAUUGGGAACUCUGUAAUAACGUCUGUCGCUGAAGGGUGGGGGGGGGGGGGGGGGGGGGGGGGUGUGGGUGUAUGUGUGGGGGAAUGCCCAUGUAAGGUGAUAAGGCCGAGAGGGACACUCGAUUUCGGCCCCGGGGAGAAACCCUCAGCGAGGCAGGUUUAACAUUCCGGUGGCUCGCUCCCGUUUUGUAUUCCGAUGACAUUCGCUCCCCUGACCCCGGCCCGUGUGGCCGGAGAACCACUCAAGGUGUUUUCAGCGUGGCGGACUUCCGACCAGACCAAGAUAUUGACGUCGGUCAAUCAGAGUUGUGAGCUGUUUACUAUUCUGCGUGCCAUCAACAUGUCAUUCUCACAGCUAGCCGGUUGGAAAUCUAUUCAAGGACCCCCGCCGAAACCACCGCAGAAACCACCGUGACCAGUAAGGAGACGUUGGCUCCGAGGUCAUGUGACCAAAUGUCGUUUUGGUUCUAGCCGACCGUGGAAGUUACAUUUUGUCGGUCCGGAGCGUUGUGUUGCUCCGGAGCGCUGUGGGUCGGUUCGGAGCGCUUUGGGUCAUUUCGGAGCGCUGUUGGUCAGUCCGGAGCGCUGUGGGUCGACCCGGAGCGUUGUGCUGCUCCGGAGCAUUGUGUUGGGCCUGUAGCUCUGUGGGUGGGCCCGGAACGCUGCAUCGGUCCGGAGCGUUGUGGGUCUGCAGGUGUUUAGUGUUGCUCCAAACAGCCCAGCGUCGUGGCUCGGGGCUCAGGCCCUGGUUCAGUGUUUUCCAGACGGCACUAUAUAAAAUCACAUUCCGUUAUCCAAAGGAUUCCAUAGUGUUUGAAUUCCAAGUGCUUGAUCGGGGCUGCGGUCAAACGGCCUCUCUAUUUUGUCAUGCCUCUAAAUUACUUCCACUUCAUCCAUGUGGGAAACGGUGCAAAAGGUUUUCAACGGAAAUCUGCUGAAGAAGAUUUUUUGGAAAUGAGACGUCAGUCACCUGCGGUGCCGUUUCUAUAGAGAGGUUUAGGUAAAUUACAAUUGACGAGACUAAAAACCAACUGACUUUUAUAUUUGUUUGUAAAAGUGAUUAGACUAAAACAAGUUGUAAACUAUUUAAUUGUCCACUAAUCUAAAUUGGAAUAGAUAAUUUGCGACGGUGACAGGGAUAUUUCCUAAUGAUUUGAUUUUUUGCUUAUGGAUCCAUUGACCUAAUAUAAUAAAACCCUGACUUCAGCACUUACGCCAGCCGCAGUUAUUGAGCAACCCGUGGUUCUAGCGUAGUGGGGUUCGAUUCCCUCCCCUACCUUCCGUUCCAGCUGCUGUGUUUUUAUGUGAAAACGAUGAUUUGAGUUUUAAAAACAAAAUCCUUUUUCCUGCUCCCAAUGUUCACUGUGAGAACUUUUUUACUCCUGUUUUAGGUUGUCUGUCCUGAUAUCUACAAAAUCUAACUUUAUUUUAUUGAGAUUUUAUUGGGGAGGGAAGGGUGAUUUCAUUGAUAUAUCUGUAUCUAUCUACUUAUAUCUAUAAAGAUGUAUAGAUAUGUCAAACAAUGAAAAUAAGUAAGCGAGUGAAGUAAUGAACAAACCUUGGAUGUUUAUCAGAUGGUGAACUACUGGGCGUGAGGAGGAGCGCCUGUCAGUAAGGGGGGAGACGGUAGCGGUAGUGCUAACGAUAGUCAUUGGAGCUAUUUUUACAGAAUCUCCGGUCCUUUAGAGAAGGGGAAUAUUCCAUUUAUAUGCCAUUUUUCAUGGCGACAACAUGAGUCGUUACAGCUACUGUUAAAUUAUAAUAAGUAUAUCUGGAGAAAUCGAGGUGAGGGUGCUCUGGGGAAAGAUUGUCCCUGGUAUUCCUGCCGAGAGCUGAGGUGGAGGAAUCGAAACUCCUCCUCUUACUGAUGGUGGAUGGUCGUGUACACGGUAACAGGGCGUGUCCGUCGUGCUCUCCUGUGUUCUGGGGGAACUAAACUGUUGUGUACGCAACUAUACUGUAUGUCCUACGUUGUGUUCUCCUUUGUGUGUGCUUCUACAUGGGAAAUAAAUGGUUAACCCUGAA